CCAUUCCCAAAUACAAAAAAUAAACGUCAAAUGUCCACCCCACCCCUCACACCACCCACCCCCGAUGACCCAAAACGCAUAUCCCUUCUCGACACGAUCCGCGACAGUCUCGCCCGCCAAAACAAAACCACAUUACUGUAUCGGAUCAUUGUCUGUGGAUCCAUACCUCCCCAAACUGACCGCUCAGAAAUCAUUGCAAACUACCAAAAACUAUUCAAAACCCAUCAAACAGAUACAGAUCUCAUAACAGGUCUUUUAGUCCUCUAUCCAGAAACCUACAUCCACAUCCUCGAAUCCUCCACAAAAACCACAUAUGCAUUCAUGACUUCGUUACAAUCUCAUCCAUUGUUGGGGAAAAGUAAGGUACUCGCUGUGUUGGAUGAUGUUUAUCAUCGGUUUUUCCCGUUUUGGGCUGGGAGGGUUUUGGAAGGGCGGGCUGGGGUUGGUGGGGAGGAUGUUGUUGAAGUGGAUGAAGACGUUGUUGCGGGUGUUUGUGUAGAGUUGUGUAAGGUUGGGGUUGGGCUGGGGACAAUGGGAAAGAAUGAUUUAAAAGUGGCUUUGGAUGAAUUGACAACGCAGUUUAGAGAUUCCAUCCCAAGAUCAUCGCUCUUGUCGGCUAUUAUUCAGUCAAAAACCGUCAUGUCCAUUGAAGAGUGGAUAGACAUUUACGCGAAAUCCUUUACGCUUGUACUUGAAAGUGAACGGGUAUGGCCAGCUCAACGUCCUCUGGUGUUUUAAUAAAUACUAUCUAUCAACCCCA